AGCAAAACAAACAGACUUUUCGCACGAAUGGCAUGUUUUCAAAAUGGCAUAAACAUUAGAGACGUUUAUUCUUAAUACAAGAAUUAGCCAAAAUUAAACGAAUGUGCAACGAUGAUAAUCCGAAAAAAGAUAUGGCCACGUACUAUCGGCGACAUGAUGUCGAUGAUCUUCGUGUUGGUUAUAGUGCCUCUCAUGUACUGGUUCGGAUUAUGGAUAGUGCUCCCGGCAUUAUACAAGGACGAGAUUCUACUGUACUCUCUCCAUUUCGUCCUCGGUAAUUUCAUCAUGUUAAACAUUGUAGGUAAUUUCACGUACACGGUGCUGUGCGACACCAGUAUCAAGAGGUGCAUAGUGCCUGUAAGCACGGCGGCAGCCGUGGAUGGGUGGAGGCUGUGUGUUAUCUGUGAGUGCCUAUCGCCGCCGCGAUCCUGGCACUGCAAUACCUGCAACACCUGCAUCCUGAAGCGGGAUCAUCACUGCGUGUUCACCGGAUGCUGCGUGGGCUACCACAAUCACAGAUACUUUAUCAUGUUUCUGUGGUAUUUGUUCUUCGGCGCGGUGUAUGCCUUCUCCUAUGGCAGUUUUUUCAUCUGGACCAGAAUGUCCUUUGAAUUCCCGAUGUCUAUCGUUAAGAUGAUCUUUCCCGUGGCGAUCUUCUUCUUCGGUUUUGACAGUUCCAUCGAUCAGUUCUACCUGUUGCUGUACAUCGUGUCAACAGUGGGUACUCUGUACACCGGAGUAUUGUGCUUUUAUCACUUUAAUUUGAUUCUCAGAGGCGUUGUGGGUAAUGAGAGCAAUAAGAAAGAUUUUACAUAUGAUAUGGGUUGGAAGGACAAUGUUAGAGAGGUAUUUGGAGUACGAUGGUAUCUGGCAUGGUUGCUUCCUUAUGUUAAAUCACAGUUACCUCACGAUGGAGUCUCGUGGCAUUAUUUAUGUUCAAAGAAAGAUUGAGAAUCGUUUUGAUUGAGUACAAUUCUUUACAAAAAAUUUUACAAAAAUGUCAAUGAUACUUUAAUUACUAAGAUGGAAAAAAUUAAUUCAACAAUCGAAUACAUCACAUUUUUAAAUUAAGAUAACCAGUUAUCUUGCUAUACUGUUAACUAUAUAUCAUACACAAAAUAUUGAACUAUUCUUCAUAACUGUUGUAAAAAAGAAAUUUAUAUCUGUGAUUAAUGGAUAGUAUUAUAUAUUAUUUUAUUAAAUUGUGCACACAGACCAUUACACAAUUCUUUCACACUACAUUUAAAGCGUUAUGUAUAUAUUGAUAUCUGUAAUUAUAUAUAAAUAUUAAUUGUACCUUUCUUCUUGUGUGUUUUAAAAUUAGAUGAAUAUAAAAGACUUUCAAGUUUCUUCUGAUUUCCUUAAUUGUUAUCUAAUUUUAUUAUUUGAUAAGAGGAAACUCUAACCACAUUCAGAAGAUAAAGAUUUCAAAAAUGAAAUAUAUUGAUUAUUACUUAUAUGUUUAAACACAGUAAGAAUAUAUAUUUAAUUAUACAUUAUAUUUUAUUAUAAAAAUCUGUAUAAGAAAGAUGAUAGCUUAUAAUAUACAUGAAUAAUAAAGAAGAAAUUUCUUCUUGGCAUUC